AUGGAAUCCUGUGCCGCCGUCGAGAAGGAGGUGGAGAAAGUGAUUAACAAAUUUUCCGCUAUUAAUGACCACUCGCAGCGCAUCAUCGGCGAUGUGAUAUCGCUCAUCGAGAAGCUUCGGUCAUCAAUCGCAGAAGGCAACCCGGACAAUAAGGUUACAGCCGGGCAGGUCGAUGUGCUGAAUGAGGCACUCACGAAGACAAAGGACAAACUGCACCGUCUCACGACGGAGCAUCGCGAUCUGCACGGCACCGUCAGCAAGGUGGGCAAAGCGAUCGAUCGUAACUUUGUGGCCGACUUUACGGCCACCUCGCGUACCGACGUGUUCCAGACGGAGCGAAAUGUGAUGCUGUUGAACAAAAUUAUGGCCCAACACUUCUACCGUCAGGGCAUGGAUGAUGUGGCGGACGCACUGAUUAAGGAGUCGGGCCUGCCGGCGGAAGACAUCGUGCCGGAACCGUACGCCGAGCUGCACCGUAUCUGGGAAGCAAUACAUACGGGCAAUUUAGCACCGGCGCUCGAUUGGGCCGGUCGCUAUUCCGCGGAACUAGAUGCGCGCAAUAGCACGCUCGAGUUUAAGCUGCACCGUUUGGCGUUUAUGCAAAUUUUAAACGGUGGCGUACAGGCGCAAACAGAAGCGAUUGCGUACGCCCGUACGAACUUUGCCAAGUUUGUGCGACGGUUCGAAAAGGACAUCCAAAUCCUGAUGGGUACGCUCAUCUAUCUGCAGAUUGGAAUACACAACUCACCCUAUAAGUACCUCACUGCGCCCGAGAUGUGGAUCGAGACGGCGGACGUGUUUCUGAAGGAUGCCUGCCAACUGUUGGGCAUCAACAAGGAUUCGCCACUGUCCGUGAUCGUUAAUGCGGGCUGUACCGCACUGCCCGCCUUGCUUAAUCUCAAGCAGGUGAUGAUGUCCCGCCAGGUGACGGGCAUAUGGAACGGUCGUGAUGAGCUGCCUAUCGAAAUUGACUUAGAGCCAGAGAACCGGUUUCACUCUAUCUUUGCGUGUCCGAUUCUGCGCCAGCAGAGUUCGGAAGACAACCCGCCAAUGAAGCUGCUAUGUGGACACGUUAUAUCUCGCGAUGCCCUCAACAAACUUAGCAAUGGACCGAUCAUGAACAAUACUUUCAGAUUAAAGUGUCCCUACUGCCCCAUGGAGCAGUGUCCAUCGGAUGCCAAGCUAAUAUACUUCUGA